AUGGUCACGGUGCAGGAAACCAGAGCGCCCGAGAAGCCCAAGGAAAGGCCGAGCGCCUUGCGCUCAAUCAUUGCGGGCUCGACUGCCGGAGCUGUUGAGAUUGCCAUUACAUAUCCUGCGGAGUUUGCGAAGACGAGAUCGCAAUUGAACCGCCGGUUAGGAGAUGGGCAGAAGCUGCCCUGGCCACCGUUUGGGAAAGCAUGGUAUGCGGGCUGCACGACGCUGAUCAUUGGCAAUUCCUUGAAGGCUGGGAUCCGAUUCGUUGCCUUUGAUCAGUAUAAGGCACUGCUUCAAGAUGCCGACGGGAAGAUCUCUGGCCCUCGCACGGUCAUCGCGGGUUUUGGUGCGGGUGUGACUGAGUCACUGCUGGCUGUCACUCCAUUUGAGAGUAUCAAGACUACAUUGAUCGACGACCGAAAGAGUGCGAAACCUCGUAUGCGCGGAUUCCUCCACGCCGUGCCCAUCAUUGCCCGCGAGCGCGGCGUCCGCGGCUUCUUCCAGGGAUUCGUCCCGACCACCGCGCGACAGGCUGCGAACAGCGCGACGCGGUUCGGCUCCUACACGUUCCUGAGACAGCUGGCACAAUCAUAUACGGAGCCGGGCGAGAAGCUGGGAUCGCUCUCGACGUUUGGGAUUGGGGCGAUUGCGGGGCUCAUCACGGUCUACGCCACGCAGCCGAUUGAUACGGUCAAGACGCGGAUGCAGAGUAUCGAGGCUCGACACCUGUACAAGAACAGCUUUGCGUGCGCGGCGAUGAUUGCGAAGAAUGAAGGCAUGUUGACGUUCUGGAGUGGGGCGCUGCCCCGACUGGCAAGGCUGAUGCUCAGUGGGGGCAUUGUGUUCACGAUGUAUGAGAAGAGUAUCGAGCUGCUAGACAAGCUGGACCCGGAGAAGAAGUACAUAUGA